AUGUCAGAGUUCUACCGUAAAAUGUCAAGAGUGAGAGGCAAGCUAAGGGCAUGGAACAAGGAGGUGUUUGGGCAUAUUGGCUCUAGGGUGGCGGAGCUUGAGAAAGUUAUGCGUAUUACGGAGCUCCAGUAUGACAUGGAGAGGACUGUGAUGCCUAAGAUUGCUUACCAUGAGGCAAUGGCGGCCUACAUGAAACAAUUGGAGGGGGAUGCGAACACGGUCUUCUUCCAUGUUGUGGUUCGACAACGGCAAGCUUCUAAUUACAUUGCCAUACGUAGUUCGACGAGGCAGUGGCUGACAAAGAUUGAGGACAUCAAGUGCUCAGCAGCAUCAUUUUUUGAGACGCUGUUCAAAUCGGAUAGGGAUACCAACCGUCAUCCAGUAUUACCUUUCACUCUCCCACGAGUGUCUCUGGGGGAUAAUGAGAGACAGUUGGCUUUGCCGUCAAUGGAAGAGGUUCGUGAAGUAGUGUUCUCCAUCAGUCCAGAUAGUGCCCCUGGCCCGGAUGGAUUUGGGUCUGGUUUCUAUCAGGCAUGUUGGGGGAUAAUUAAGGAGGAGUUGGUGGCUGUUGUUCAGGAUUAUUUUAAGGGCGGGUUGAGCAAGCUCCUGCCCCAGCUGAUUUCUCCUUGGCAGUUCGAUUUUGUCCCGGGGCAUCAAAUAAUUGAUGAUGUCCUACUGACGCAAGAGCAUGCACAGGAACUCGAUCGUCAGUUGGAGAUUCCAAACCUCAUGUUAAAGUUGGAUAUGGAAAAUGCGUAUGAUAGAGUGGAGUGGUCGUUUCUCCUCUUCAUGCUUAAGGCGUUUGGUUUUCAAGAAAAUGCGGUCGAUCUGAUCUUCCGCCUGGUUGCGAAUAACUGGUUCUCGAUACUUGCUGGAGGACUUAAAGUCCUAUACCUGGCAUUCGCGGACAAUAUCAUUGUUUUCACGAGGCUGUCGAAGGAGACCUUAAAGGCGGUUGGAGACUUCUUCAAGCAAUAUCAACAAUACCCAGGACAGAAGAUUAAUGCCUCAAAAAACUGCUUCGUGUGCUCGUCUGGGGUGACUGCGGCGCAAGUUGACCUUGUUUCUACCAUUCUAGGGUUUCCACGACAAUUCUUUCCUCUAGUCUAUCUUGGGGUUCCCAUUUCUCGAGGUCGGUGCUCUUCAAUUGUCUUUGAUGGGAUUCUGCAAAGGUACUUAAACCCCCUAAGGUAG